AUGGUGAUGAGUCGGGAUGAGGAGAGGGCCGGAAGCCUCAGUCGGCAAGGGUCCACGGUUUCGUCGCCCGACGGCUCGGAGACCAAGGCCGCCAAUCGGUCCAAGGCAAAUAUACGCGUAUCGCUUGCCUGCGUUCAAUGCCGAAGCAAGCACGUCAAAUGCGAUGCCACGCUGCCAGCUUGUAAUCGCUGCCAACAAGAAGACAAGCCGUGCUUUUAUGCAAAGUCGAGACGAGGCAUCCGGGACCCUAAAAAGAGAAGUCUUAUAUCGGAUAAGCCACCAGCGACUUCAGCAGGGAACUUCUUCUCAACAUCAAACUUUUCUUCAGGCCUGCCGUCGGUUCGAUCUCCUCGUGACUUACCAAGCGGUUGGUCCGUCAGUUCGGAAUCGCAGGCGUCCACCUCGCCUCAAAACGAAAAGGAGUUAUUACUCGACUUAUUCUACAGCCAUUUUCACCCAAGCUACCCUUGUCUCCCCCCUAAACGAUUUUUCUUUAAUCACGUCGAAUCGGACCCGGACGCCUAUCACUUCUUGCUCUUGGUCAUAAAUUUCUGCGGAUCGCUUUACACAAAUCAAGUCUCCUCUGACGACUUAUUAGAAGCCGCUUGUUCCGCAGCAUGUGGGUCGCUACCUUUUACGGUGCAGUCAGUGCAGGGGCUGCUCAUCCUGAGCAUUGCUGCUUACGGGAUGAUGAAAUUCGAACACCAUGCCGGUUGGGCUAACAGGGCAGUCACGAUAGCCGUCGAUAUUGGUAUGAACCAUAAGACAUUUUCCGACGCAGCAUCCGAUUCGGUGCUUGCCGAGAGCUAUCGAAGAACAUGGUGGUGUUUGACCUUCCAGGAUUCCGAACGGGCUCUAUGCGAUGUCGGCUCUACGCUCUCCAUUACAGAUGUGGAGUCCGAUGUGGAUUUGCCAUGCGAAGAAUGGGAAUACGAAUCAGGGAUUAUACCUCAACCGAUCUCCCAAUCGCAAUAUGAGUCACGAGUCAGCUUGGGCCAAUCCGACUUUUCUUCAAUGGCUUAUCUCAUUGAUAUCUGUAAGAUUCAGACAGAUUUAGUCCUCCCACAUAACGAAGCGCCAGAAGACAAAAAGCCAGAGAUAUUCCAUCGUGCAGACUCUCGAAUAUGCGAUUGGUUACGGCGUGUUCCGAAGUGGAAACUGAAUUUGGUCGAUCCAGAUGGUGUAGUUGAUGUAAUACUCUACCACGGCGUUGCCAUAGCACAUGUUAACCGACUUUGGCUCAGACAAGCCUCCCCUAGAACUGGUCUCAACAUACGAGAUUAUUUUCCACUGGGUCCUGCCAAGGGUCCCGAUCGUAAGGGGCAAAUAGUGAAAGGCUUCGGCUGGAAUCCUCACCCGAUUGAUAUCCAAGCCGCUAAUCAUUAUUGCGAUUUAUUUCGACAUUCUUUCCCUACGAAGUGUCUACGCUCAGUAUUCGCGAUAGGGACACUACGGGUGGCUUUAGCCUACCUCGAUGCAUGUGUAUUCCUCGGAUUGGACUCCCCCGUAUUUCGAGAACGAAUUAACAUGCUGGUACAAAUACUCACAACACAUGGGGAGACGUGGCCCCUUUCCAGAAAGAUCGCAGAUGACGUUAAGACAGUCGCGAAAGAAUACCUAACUCCGAGAAUAAGUCAGAGCUGGCGGCCGGGGAUCACAGAAUCAGAAGCAUGGGCUGCGGUAUCGAGCGCCCUCUUGAGUGAGGCACCUCUAGCUACUAACUUUGGAUUUGAGCCAUAUCAUCAGCCUUACCCGGUUGAGGGUUGGGCUUUAAAUGAAAACUGGCCCAGCCUUACGGAUAUAUAUCAGGCCUAA